AAUUAACCCCGCAUGAGGGACAGGCGAAUACCCCUCUCCACCAUAUCUCCGUUAAUUAUGGCGGUAAACAUCACCUCCAGCAGACUUGACAUACUGGCUGAUGACUCGCAUAGCAGAAAUCCAGUCUGCGUAUCCCCAAAUCCUUUUUAUCGCCAUAAAUAUUCCACUCGAGAUUGAUCCAAUAUGACUAUCCCCCAAACCCAGAUCGCAGCAGUGCUUCCUCCAUCUGGAGCAUCCCCAGACGCAAGGGUGCAGAUAAGCACCAAUCACCUCGUCCCAGUCCCCGGAGAAGGAGAGUUGCUCAUCAAGCUCGAAUUCUCCGGGGUGUGUCAUUCCGAUGUGCACAGUAUUCGUGGGGAGACACCCAUGUUGACGGAUGUGGCGGGUCACGAGGGAGUUGGGAAAGUGGUUUCAGUUGGUGGCAAUGUCCAUGAACAGGAAUGGGUUGGGAGAAGGGUUGGUAUAAGAUGGCUAUACAGCUCUUGUCUGAGUUGUGAAAUAUGCGCUGUAAACAAUACAGCAUGUCCAUAUCAGAGAAACGCCGGUGCAAAUGUCCCGGGAACAUUUCAGCAGUACAUUGUCAGCCCUGCAAACCAUGUAACGAUAAUUCCUCCUGGGCUUUCGCCAGACACAGCUGCUCCUCUUCUAUGCGCUGGAAUUGCAAUGUACUCCUCGAUCUUGAAGACUAAAACACGCCCAGGAGACUGGCUCGUCCUUCCUGGGGCUGGAGGGGGUUUAGGGCAUAUGGGAAUACAAAUCGCAGUCAAAAAAGGAUUGAAAGUGAUUGCAAUUGAUAGCGGCGAAAAAAAGAAGCAACUCUGUCUCGCCCUGGGAGCAACAAGCUUCUUCGACUACAAGAUCGACAACGUUGAACAGGGAGUCAAGUCCCUCACUUCCGGUUUAGGUGCUCAUGCAGUAAUAUGCACGGCUAAUGGUGAACCAGCCUAUACACAGAGUAUGCAUCUUCUCCGCAGGAUGGGGGUUCUAGUCUGUGUGGGUAUACCGAGUGUACCGUUUAGACUACCGGCGACCCCAUUCGACAUGAUUGUCAAGGGGCUUACAAUUGUUGGUAACUCUGCCGGAACUGCGAAAGAGAUGGAUGAAUUGUUAAAGAUGGCUGUGGAAGGAGAUAUUCGAGCACAUGUUGAAUGUUUUGAAUUGGAUUGUAUCAAUGAUGUGUUGGACAGGUUAGAGCGAGCUGAGAUUGAUGGACGAGCUGUUGUGAGGAUUCCAGAGUGAUAGGUGAAAUACCAUCCAUGACGAUAAAUAUCCGGGUGGAACUCAUACGCUUAUCCAUAAGGUAGUCUUCUAGUUGCUCCUUUCUCCAUGGUGAUAUACUAGGUAGAGUGGCUGAUUGUACACCUACGAAUAUAACCCGGUAUACCCCGUCCAUUGAUUAAUCAAAUAACAACGAUAAUAAUUAUCGAC